AUGGUUGAAGUAAACGAUGUCGAAAUGAAAGAAACUGAUGGAAAAGAGCCAACAGUAACAACUGCUGCACUUUCUAAAGAAGAGAAAAAAGAUGCCGAUUUAUUAACAUUUGAUGACAUCAAAGAACAAGUGAGAACGAUCGAAAAAGCUGUAACGUCCAAAGAACCUCGUUAUAUUCUUCGUGUAUUACGAGCAUUAGCCUCAACACGAAAACGUCUAAAUGAAGAUGUACUUCGUCGUCUUAUUAAUUUCUAUUAUACAUCAAAUGCUAGUGAGAGAGAAAUACUUUUAUCCUAUCUUCACCCUGCUCAGCCAAUGGAUGUCGAUGUUUCAUCUACAACAACCAUAGCUACAACGACAUCGGGCACACUGACAAGCACAGCCGGUGGAGCAGUACCAUCAUCGCGUCCUCAAACAUCUCGUACACGCGCUGGUUCAUUGCCGGAAGUUGAUUUGUACAUACAUUUAAUUGUACUUUUGUUUUUGAUUGAUCGAAAUCCAUCAAAAUCUGCUCUUGAAUGUUCCAAACGUCUUGUUGAGAAAACAGCGGUAUUAAAUCGUCGUACAAUCGAUUUACUCGCUGCAAAAUGUUAUUUCUAUUAUGCUCGUGUUUUUGAAUUAAAUAAUAAAUUGGAAGAAAUUAGACCUUUUCUUCAUUCUCGUUUACGUACAGCCACAUUACGUAAUGAUUUUGAAGGUACCGCCGUAUUGAUAAAUUUAUUAUUAAGAAAUUAUUUACAUUAUAAUUUAUAUAGUCAAGCACAGAAACUUGUAUUAAAAUCAGUUUUUCCCGAUCAUGCGUCUAAUAAUGAAUGGGCACGGUAUCUUUAUUAUCUUGGGCGAAUACGUGCUAUGCAACUGGAGUAUACAAAAGCUCAUCAACAUUUGCUAACAGCUAUUCGAAAAGCACCACAACAAACAGCUGUUGGCUUUCGACAAAAUGCUCAAAAAUUUCUUGUAACUGUUGAAUUAUUACUCGGUGAUAUACCUGAUAAAGCAACAUUCAAAAAUCCACAGUUGAAACGUUCACUUGAUCCCUAUUAUCAACUGACAUUAGCUGUACGUGCAGGCAAUUUGGCUCGAUUUAAAGAAGUUCUUGACACUUUUGGUGAUCGUUUUCAACAAGAAAAAACUUGGUCACUUAUUAUUCGACUCCGACAUAAUGUGAUUAAAACUGGAAUUAAAAUGAUUAGUUUAUCGUACGCAAAAAUAUCGUUUGUUGAUAUUGCACAAAAAUUACAAUUGGAUUCACCUGAAGAUGCCGAAUAUAUUAUUUCUAAAGCAAUUCGUGAUGGUGUCAUUGAAGCGUCGAUUAAUCAUGAAAAAGGCUAUAUGCAAUCGCGUGAAAUUGUUGAUGUUUAUACAACACGUGAACCAAUGAAUGCAUUCCAUCAACGUAUUGAAUUUUGUUUAAAGGUACAUAAUGAAGCUGUUAAAGCCAUGCGUUAUCCACCGAAAAAAUACAAUGAAGAAUUAGAAACAGCUCAAGAACGACGUGAAAGAGAACAAGAAGAAUUAGAAUAUGCAAAAGAAAUGGCUGAUGAUGAUGAUGAUUUUUAA